GGACGAUGAUUUAGAGACGGUACUUACUAUUCUUAAGAACAAUAAGAUAUCACCUUGCAGUCUUCUCGAACUUGGAGUUGGAACUGGCUUAAUGGCGGAUUUUAUGACUUCUCAUGGUUAUAUGUGUUGCGGGGUAGAUAGUUCCCCAGAAAUGUUGGCAAAAGCUCGACAACGGAAUGACAACAUUCGAUUGCUGUUAUCGGACAUGUUGACGGUUGAUUUGAAAGAAAAAUUUUCUUUGAUUUUAUGCGUUUUUGACACUAUCAAUCACUUAGCUUCUCUUGCAGAUUGGGAGAGUCUAUUCGAAGUUGUUUUGCGACAUAUGACACCAGAUGGAACUUUUCUAUUCGACUUUAAUACAGAAACAAAAUUACAGAUGUUGGCCAACGUUGGGCGGCUUUAUGAAUCGCGUGGUAAUUCGUUUGCGCUAUUUAGAUUUAAAGAUCUUGGAGAAGGAAAGUUAGAAUGGGACGUUUCUUAUCAUCAAUUGCGAAAUAACUUUUAUUGUGUCACGAGAUCGAUAAUUAUGGAGCGCGCGUAUCACUAUACAAUUAUUUUGGACGCGCUAUCUAAGAAAUUUGGUAAAAUAUCAUGUUACAAUGAUGCUGGACAAAUAGUGGGGAAUGCUGAUCA